UAUGUUAUGCAGGACAGUUACUGCUGAGAUAAGAUGGCGCCCGGCACACUUCCCCUGUGCUGAUGGACGCUUGUGCCGAUAGGAAAAACUUGAACUCUUAGCAGAGUUCGUAGCAGAGUUCUGCAGCGGUAGAAAGUGUUGCCUUGUGUGUGGAUAAUAAAUCAGACUGAACGCAGGCUUCUUGCUAAUCUCUUAACAGCCUUUAAUGAGAAGAAAAACAUCAUAAAUCUGUCCCGGCGAGAGAGCAGGCAUUUCUUUCGUCUCUCAGCCAAAAACGAAAGGAAACUCACACACAAAGAAAGAUUCCCGUAUGUGAACCAAACCACGCCUCAGAAUGUGAGACGUCACACAGAACUGUUUAAUCCUGUAAGUUCUGAUUCUCCUCACAGUUACUGCCUGUUUUCAGACGUGUGUUUGUGCGCUGAGGCUGUGAAUAUAAUAGCAGCAGUCCUGAAGCUGCCUGCCCAGAGGCUGGGAUUGAAUUGCUUUGUAACGGCGCAUCCUUUCCCUGCUUGGUAGAAGUAGCAGAAGUUUCAUGGAAUGAGAAGAAAGUGAGCUAUAAAGGGCUGAGCAAAAACAAUGCUUCCCAGAAGCAGUGGUUCACAGACCAUGAGCCACCAGCUGCUGGUCCACAGUGACUCCACCACAAUGCAGUUGGGUGGGACACUUCAAGGAUGAAAUCUGGCACAUUGACUGGUGGGGAGUACCACUCUACCACAUCAGAUAGUUUGAGAUGCACAGGUGUAAAAGUCCCUGUUGUUAAAGGAGAAGAAAGGCUUUCAGGCCCAGAUGGCCAGAUCUGUGUUCUCACCCUACAGGUCAACUUUUACCAGUGUGCAGAGCUACCCACCUUUCAGUAAUGUGGCAUAAUGAUGAUAGGCGAGUGAGAUGGUUAGUUCCACCCACUGAGUGCGGGGAGGGAUCUGCUUCACCUAGUGAUGGCUGAUUGACAGGUGGUUGUAGUUUGGGGGGAAACGGGCUUGUGGGCCAACAUUCGCCUGUAGAGUGCGGACUGGAGAUUCUCCAUCCCUGAUAGAGAGUUCAUCUCACUUGUAGGAUGCACAAACACAGGUCAACUUGGGUAACAGAGACCUCUGUGUGUUGCAUGUACAGGCAGUGCCAUUGGCCCAAGCCAUAAAAUAGGCAGAAUGGAGGGGAAACCAAGUCCCUGUCAAAUCUGAUCCAGUGUGUGUGUGGGAGGGGAUUCCUUCUAAAAUGGGUAACCUUUUGUUCUUGAUAAUUGAUUGUGACAGUUCUCACAUUUGGUUGUAGACUUCUCUGAGCAAGUUGUAGACUUCUCCCUGAGCCCAGGCCUGUGUAUGUGGUGGCUUUUUCCUCAAAGCUACCCUGUGAGGUUUGGAGUAAGAGUUGACAUGCCCAUGGCCUCUGGGUGAAUUUCAGGACUAGGAAUUUGAACCCAGGUUUUGCUAGGCCACGUGUGGCAUUAUAGUACAUGGGUGUGGAAUUCAGAAUCGCUCUUGACACAGUUGCACACGGACCUCCAUUUCCUUCCACCAAAUUACAGCAAAGUCAUCAGCACUGGGUAGCCUCCAUGCUGAAGAUAUUUCUGCACCAAGAAAAGGUAUUUCUGCACUAAGAAUACAUGUAGUGUUCUAGUCCUGCCCCCAUGCUCCUACCAGACUUACUUGGAUGGCCACCUCUCUGGUUUCCAAGACCAGCUGCCAUUGGUUGCAUGAUUUUAAGAAUGCCUUCGCAAGGGAAACUUUUUUUUUAAAAAAACUUUUUAUUAAAGAUUAAGCCCAGUUGCUGGGGGUCCUGUGUUCAUGCCGAGUAAACAUAUUCUGUGUUUCCGGGCAAGUAUUACAUACAACUAGCCUUGUAUUUGGCCAAAGUGUGGAUUAUGUCCUAAAGUAAUACUUCUGGGUCAGCAACUGCUUCUAAUCUUAAUCACUCAUUCACUGGUUCAGUGCAAAUGUAUGCAAGAGAAAACCCAUGAAUUGGCUCAGCAACUCCAGACUGCUAUGCUGCCUGUGUGUCAUUUAUGACCUAAAUCAACACCACCCCCACCCCCACCCCCAUUUUUCUUGCAGGAGUGUAGGAAGUUGUUUCGUAUGGAGUCAGACCAUUGGUUCAUUCAGCUCAGUAUUGUCUAUACCUGUGAUGGGGAAUCUGUAGCCAUCCAGAUGAACUACCAAGACAUGUUGGCUGUGCUGCCUGGGGUUUUUAGAGUUAGUGCAGCAUCCAGAGGGCCACAGGUUCAUAAUCUCUAUAGUCUACUGCAGUUUGCCAGGGUUUUUGAGAUUGUGUGUGUGUGUGUGGGGGGUGCUUUCCCAGCUGCAGCAAAGAGCCAUUGCUCAGUAAUAGAGCAUCUGCUUUGCAUGCAGAAGGUUCUCUGGUUCAAUCCCAGGUUUCUCCAAGUAAGGCUGAGAGAAGACUUCUGCCUGAAACCCUAGAGAGCUGCGACCACUCAGUGUAAAUGGUUCUGAGCGAGAUUGACAAAUAGCCUGCCUUGGUAUAAGGCAGCUUCCUGGAGAUGACUGGACCUGCUGCAGGCAGCUCAUGCUUGACCUUUGAGCUGGAGCCCUUUCCCAGAUUCCAAGGAAUCUGACUUACUGUCCCUUCUCCUUUUCUCCAAACAAGUGAAUUGAUUUGUCUGUCCGGACUUAAGAACACAAAAGGAAUUCAUGUCCCCUUUAGUCCACCCUGCAAAGCCAGAAAUGGGAUCCCUCUAUGUGAUGCCCCUUCUCCUGGCAUUUGAGGGGGUCAUUAGACCCACAAAGUCACAUUGGUGCUGAGCCACUCUGCUGUUACCACUGGGGCUGCAGGCAGUGUGCUAGCCCAUUCAAACAGGAAUUAUUACUGUUUAGUUUAUUGCUUGCACUUUUAAGAUCCCAGGGUGGGUUACAGACUUUUGCAAUACAACCUUAAAAACACCUUUAAAAAUUUGCAAUUACAAAACACGCAGUCACAUAAAGGUAGACUUAUAUAUUGGGUGGCAAAGGCCAAGGUAAAGAUACUUGCUGUCAGCAUUGUCUGAAAGCUGUCGUGAUGUUGCUAGAUGCAUCUACGUAGGGAGGGAGUUGCACAAUUUAGGAGCUGCCUCAGAGAAGGCACUCUGGAGCCAUACAGCCUGAGCUUCUGAGGGUGGUGAAACUAGUCUCCCACCCUGAUCAUCUUAACACCUGAAAUAGUCUGUAGGGAAGGAGGUAGUUGAGGCUUAAGACUUUUACGACUUUAAACACUAACCUGAGCACCUUGAAUUAGACCCGGAAAUGAACUGGCAAGCAAUGCAGCUGUUUUAAAUGGAUUAUAUUUGUGGCAGCUGCCUUUUGAACCCCUUGAAGUUUUCACAUCAUUUGCAAGGCCAGCUCCACUGAAAGCACAUUGUAAUAAUCCAUUCCAAUCCUCCCAGUUGCCCCCAGCUAUUGUGCCAGUAGAGUUGUAGAAUUCAAAAAAGCCGUAGGGGAGGCUAGAGUUGUCAGCUAAGCUGACAUGAGUAUUACUUGACAGACAUCUCCAAGUAGGGGUGGAAAUAACUAUCUUCACUCCUCUCUAUAAAUCCCAAACUGGUCUGCAAAUUCUCACCACUUGGCCAGACAAUUGUGUUUACCCGCAGACUGCCCAAAAAAGGGGACUUGUAUUCUCCAAGAUGGUUUACUACAACUCCCAUCAGCCGGAGGAAUAUGCUGCUGUGCAUACUGGGACUGAUGGGAGCAAAAAGUCCAAAAAGCCUCCAUUUAUGUUGAUAGGAUUUGUACUUCAAGCACCACCUUGUGGGCAGCUGUCAAAAUACAUUAACUAGGACUCUUCUGAUACCAUUUAUCCUACAAAUGUUAGCUGGAAAUACUUGGUCUGGUGCAACAAGUUGUUUCAUUUGCUGCUUGAAAUGGAAGUUGUGAAUAAACAAAACCCUUUGCAUUAAAACAAAAAUACCAAACUUGUUCCCUGGAGAAGAGCCUUAUCUUGGUAGCGCCCCUGCUUUGCAAGCAGAAGGUACCUGGUACCUUCUUAACCCAUGGCAUCUCCAGAGAGGGCUGUGAAGGACCUCUGCCAGAAAUCCUGCAGAACAACUCUCACUGGAUAGCACUGAGUUUGGACCAGUGGUCUGACUGCAAUGGUCUCAUCAAUCAGUGGUAGAGCCACCUGUAUUGCAGGCAGGUCUCCUGUCCAGUCCCUUGCAUUUCCAGCUAAAUGCUGGUCUAAAACAAAGAAGACCUGUUCCCUGGAAAGCUGGUCUGAUAUAGACCAGCAAUCUCCAUUUUUAAACCUUCCUUGGACUGCUUGAAGAUUGCUGUGCCUCCAGCAGAUCCCCGAACAAACUAUUUUGCUUUGCACAGGAAAGCACUUAAUAUAUUUCAAUAACUAAGUUUCCAAUUUAAUGGAUGUGUCUGUUUUUGAAAGUUGUUCAAUAUUGGAUUUAGUGACAUUUGAUGCUUAGGUUGUUCUCCCUAUCAGACUUGAUGAAUUUUCUCUUUCAAAUGUCCUCUCCCCACCCCCCAAACAAUAAAUCCAAUUUUAUGGGUUGACUAGGAUCCUGUACAGAUAAUUGGCACACGUUUUGUAAAUUCAUGUACUUUUCAAGUGACAGCAGUGGAAAUGAACAGAGGUGCCUCCAUCAGUUACACUACAAUAGAGGUGGGGGGCCCUUUCCAGCCCCAAAUCCACAUUCCCUUGUGGUGGGAGCCACAUGGCAGUGGAGGGGGUGGCUGGAGCUAAAAGUGGCUGGAGCUAAAAGUGGGGGCAACUCAUUCGAUGCAUGCAAGCAAGGGUUUCCUUACAUUUCAGUGGCAUAGUGCAGCCAGGCAAAGCCAUGAGGGAUGUGGCCUAUACCUCCCAGGAGACAGAUAAAGGGGCCUGGAGGAACACAUCUGACUCUGGGCUUGAUGUUUCUAGGCCCUGAGACAGCCAUAAACUAUGACAGCUUUGUUUUCCCCACCUCAGUUUCAUCAUGUGCUACAGCUGCUGCCCACUUGAUGUCCAGCUCUGAUUCUAUGAGCCGAUGCUUCACCUUUUUUUUUUUUUGCCACUGACACGUGCCCCUCAGAAGGGUCUAGGUUGAGAAAGUUUCCCCACUGCUUGCCUAAGAUCUCCUGUGAGUUCAGAGCCUUGAGACGAGAUCUAUUUUUUAAAAUACUGCCCUUUGAUUAAAAUUAAUUCCAGGGGGAGGGUUUUGUAAGAUGAAAUUAAGCAAUAACAAAAAAUUGACUAAAACAAUUGCAAAGCAAUUGAGGACAACAGCGGGAAGUCCCAUUGUAAUUACAGCACAAGGAAAAACAAAGCUGAAAUGAUUAUGAUGCUGCUAUAUUUUUGAUUUUACUAACAGGGCAAUUUGUAGCCACAUGGAUUAGUGCACUGGGGGCUCAGCUCCAGAAUCCAUUCUUUUGCAAAUGAUAUUCCCAGCCCUGUCGCCCCAUUGGCUCGCUGCAGUCUCCCUAGGCGACAAGAGGCUGUGUCAGGCCUAAUGGAACAUUCCCCACGUGGCUCAUUGGCUUCAGGCGUCACCAGGGGCAACAGGACAACACGGAGCCUCAGCAAGGCUUUGCAGUUUUCUCGUAGUAGGUGAGCAUCCCCAGUGAGCCUGGGGACUUUCCUGGCUGGGGGAAUCCUCUGUGUGGAGUUCUCUUGGACCCGUGGUUGGCCUGAAGAGCUACUGGCACCAUGUCUCACCCUGGUAUCCUCCUGACCAAGGAGCCGGCUCCUCAGACCAUCCCCGUUUGCGAGCUGCCCAUGAAGGUCUACGAGCCGGCGUUGAACACUGGCCCCGAUUCCUCCAGUGGUUUGGCUACCGCUGGCUUCCGCACGGCCAAGUACCUGCCUGAGGAAUGGCACCAGCACAACUACACCCGGUACCACGAGGCCUUUGCUGACCGUGACCACUCCGAGCGAGUCCGCCUCGAGUCUCAGAACGUGGCCGCCUUCACGGCGGAGUUGGCCCAGCGCACCCAGGAGGACUCCACCGUUAAGGUAGGCGAACGCCUCCAGGACAUCCACUUCUGGAAGUCAGAGCUCCAGAGGGAGAUUGAGGACCUCACGGAGGAGACGAACCUGCUGGCAGCCCAGAAGCUGCGCCUGGAGAGGGCCCUCGACGCUACUGAGAUCCCGUACAGCAUCGCCACAGACAACCUGCAGUGCCGCGAGCGCCGGCAGCCUCCCGAUCUGGUGAGGGACCAGGUGGAGGUGGAGUUGCUCAAGGUAGGACAUUUCCUUAUUCAUUCUGGGCUCAGGACAAGGGGUUGGUUUGGACCGAUAAAACAUCAGGACAUGAAGGACCGCUUCCCCCUGAUCUGGCCCCUGCGAUCACUCUAAGCACUACACCACACUGGCUCUCAAGGGGAAAUGUUGUUGUGGCCUCAUUUCUUUUGGGGAAGCAUCACAGCUCAGUUGAAGAGCCCCUGCUUUGCAUCUUCAAGAAGGUAGGGUUCCUGUCUGAGCCCCUGGAGAACUGCUACCAGUCAGUGGAAACAACACUAAGCUAGAUGGACUGAUGGUCUGACUCGAUGUAAGGUUAUAUAUCCCAUGUCCCUAACAGGAAGCAGCCAAAGCUUUAAAAAGUCCCAGGUUCAGUCCUUGACAUCUCCAGGUGAGGCUGGGAGAGAUUCCCUGCCUGACACCCUAGAGAGAUGCUGCCAGUCAAAUAGAGACCAGUGUGUAUAUUUGCAUGCAUUUAAAACCUGCCUACGGGAAGCACUAUGUCCGGAAGAGAAGUGAACCCCCCAUUCCCAGAUCCACAUGUUACCUGGCCCACUGCCAGGUUGGUCCAGAGCUUGGGGACGGGGGCAUGUCACAAGGGCUGUGGUUUAGGGCAGGCCCUGUUGCCACUCCUGAAGUGCUUUUGUCCUCUGGGGAGCGGGGAGAGAUGGAGGCAUGUGCAGAAAAGGUGGGGCAAUCUUGUCAAUGACAUUUAUUGUUGUGCCACACUACUCCCACUGGUGUGAAUGAAAUUUGGCGCAAAAUGCUGGCAUAUUGGUCAAAAAGCCACAGUUCCAUCACACAGCCGUCACUGCAGUGUGGAAGGAACAUUAGGAAAUGGGACAGAAGGGCUAGUGUUAUAUCAGGAAAACUAAUGCAAUUAUUUCCUGUGGCUGAAUGCACCUUAUUUCUCCAUACAAAACAAGUGAAAAAUAGAAGAAGCACAGUUCAGCUUUGGAGAAUAUAAUAGCCUUAAUAUGAUAUCUAAAAGACACUCACGUUGGUGCCUGGUUGGGAGGAGGGCACUGAAUGCCCAAACUGGAAUGGCUAUUGCAUAACCUUUGGAAGUUUGGGGCACCCAGAGAAGAAGAUUGGGCAGUUCCUAUAAGACAGCCUCCCCCAACCUGGUGCCUUCCAGAUGAUUUGGACUACAACUCCCAGCAGCCGCAGCCAGCUGCUAAUCUCUCUACUGCUUUUAUCUAGGAAGCUGAGCUCAUCAGAAACAUCCAGGAGCUACUGAAACGAACUCUGAAGCAAGCUAUUAACCAGAUACAGUAAGAUCCCUUUCCACUGUUGCGGGUUGCUGGUGUUCUAACUAACUCUUGAACCUAGUCCUGGUGUAACAUGUGAUCAAUCGGGAGGAAAAUCAAAGCAUUGUGCUCUGCAGAGGGUGGUGGGUGUGAACUGAUGUCUUGUAACUUUGGUAUCAUGUGCCCCUAUGCAGAGGCUGGUGAUGCACAGUCCAGCCAGCAUUCUGAAGCUAAGCAGUUCUGAGUCUGGUCACUGUCUAGAUGGGAGACCAAAUGACAGACAGACAGACAGACAGACAGACACACACACACCAGCUUUCAAUUCAUGAUAGAAGCAAGGUGGGCGUAGAAUUGAACUAAUUAACUAAUAAGUGUGCGAACUGCUUUGCAAAUGGUUGUGAUUGUGAUGAUAAAACAAUGAUAAUAACAAGACAAAUCUAUCUGCGUGUUACCAGAGUCCUAGGAGAUUAAUGGUUCAUUGCAUCAUUGAUUGGCAUGAGACUUUUUAGUGGACCACAGUAGACUUGCCUCAGGGAUUCAUGCAUGAAUAACCUCCUGUCUGGACUGCUGCAAUCUAGUCUUCAUGGAGCUGCCCUUGGAAGCAGCCUGGUAGCUGUAGCUGUUGCAGAAUGCAGCUGCCUGGCUGUUGUGCAGAGUACAUAUCCCCCUUGCCUGCCUGUGAAAUACUGGGGUAUUUCACAAUUAAGGGAUGCUGGUAUCAAGUGUACAAAGCCCAGUUCCUUCUGAGCUGGCUGUGUUCCUACAUCUACGGGGUCUUCAGCUUAGUGUAAUGCCAUAAGACCUUGUCCCCCUCCUUCUGGAGCUGUGGAUAAGUUCAUGGUAAGAGCAUAGUUGGUUGGCUACCAAACUGAGCCAAAACUAGCCCCAUCCUAAUGUUCGAUUUCCUUUAUAAUAAACACUGUAUAUCUUUUUACAGGGAAAAUGUGUUCUUAUAGUUGCCACCAGAUGGCACUAUGAACUAAGAAACAAGAAUACACACAGGCAAGCUGCAGAACUGCUUUGGAUAAUAUGGAAAGGGAUGGUUUCGGGGAAGAAUAUCAUCCAUGAUUGAAGCUUCCUGUCCCCCUGCUUGUUUGUAACAUCCACGGCAGAGCCUGUGUCCCUCUCCCACUGCAGUAAAAUAUAUGAAACUUGUGUGUAGCACUGCUGGAGGAAAGAACACAGCUCCCCCUUUGGGCAUCCUGGAAAAAUGCAAAGAACUAGAAACUUGAAGCAGAAUUGGUGGUUUCUGGUCUCCUAAGCGGCAUAAUGCCUUUGUCCCAUAGCACAAAUGUGUGGGUUUGCCUUGCAAAUAAGUCUGCAGGGAACCUUUGGCCCUCCUGAUGUUGUUGGACUACAGCUCCUAUCAGCUCAGCUAGCCUGGCCAAUGACUGGGGAUGAUGGGAGAUGUAGUCUAGCCACCAGGAGGGUCACAGGUUCCCCUUGUCGGCAGAAUAAAAAAACUCUGCCUCAUUUUGCACCUGCCUGGCUGGCUGUUCCCAGACACUUUUUUUAAACAUUUCUAACAUUCUUGGCAAAUAUGACUGUCUCUAAUUUUUAUGUAAAGUGAGAUCUUGAUGUGUACCCUGAAUUACUUGAUUUGCCUUUCUCAAAUUAUGUUCUAAUUACUUUUAAUUGCACUCACUUGAGCGUGUGUCAAGGAUGGAUUUUGCUCUUGGAUGAGCAUUUCAGUCUGAAAUGUUCUCAGUAUUGCAUAACGUAAUGUUAAGGCUGAUGGCUUGUACAUUCUGGGUUGGAACUGCCACCAGGUGUCAUAUGGAGAGAUGGAAGGAAAGGGCCUUUUUUGAAUAUUCACUGGGAUUCGAAUCCAACAGUGAAAUCUAUCUGUGAAUAGCAACUUUUCCCAUGGGGAUCUAAAUGGAAGGGUUUUUCCUAGAACUGGUGUCAAACCAUGUGCUCCUGAAAUAAGGUACUGUAUGUAUGAAGGCAAAUCUCAGGGCUCUCCAACAUUUUCUCGCUGUUAGGUAACCUUCUCCAUUCUGGUGUCCUGCAGAUAUCUUGGGGAAUACAUCCCUUCCAACAUUCCUUGGAUGAAAAUAAGGGCAUUUCUUACUCCCUCCCCAACUGACCAGCUAGUGUGGUGUAGUGGUUAAGAGCAGUGGACUCAUAAUCUGGUGAACCGGGUUCAAUUCCCUGCACCUCCACAUGCAGCUGCUGGGUGACCUUGGGCUAGUCACACUUCUUUGAAGUCUCUCAGCCUCACUCACCUCACAGAGUGUUUGUUGUGGUGGAGGAAGGGAAAGGAGACUGUUAGCCGCUUUGAGACUCCUGAAGGGGAGUGAUAAAGCGGGAUAUCAAAUCCAAACUCCUCCAUUUUGUGUUCCUUCUCUGAGCAUUUCCUAUCAGAAGAUGGGUGAGGGCCACCAGCACGCAACACGAAUGGGACACAGCACAUAUGUCAUCAACCAUCCUGAGAAAACCUUUUCAUCUCCAAUUUAUCUUAUUUAUUCUUUGGUAGAAUUGCAAAAAGAAGAACACACGCCAAGAAAUAAAUUUUAGAAAGGGGCAAGAUUAAAUGCGGAUGCACAAAGUUAUAUAUAUAUAUAUAUAUAUAUAUAAAGACUCCUUGCGCUCUGCUCCACCUUUCUUCCUACCUAGGUUGGUCCUGCCCCUCAGAGCCAAUGCAUUAUGUGGGUCUGGGCCUUGCCGGCAGCAGCCUCUCCUCCUCCUCGCCCGCUCUCCAGCAACCACUACAAGCUGCCCAAGGGAGGAGGGUGGCAGCAGCAGCCAUGGAGAGACAACGAGAUGCUCCCUCGCAUCUGCCACUGCCACUUUGGACAAGGGCCGGUUCAUUCGCCUCCCUGAGCUUGGAGGCGCUGGCAGGGGAUCAAAGCUAUCGGAUUGGCUUUCGUAAUUCUGGGUCUGUUAUUGGAGGGUAUGGGAAUACAAUUCUGGAAGCUCAGCCAUGCUGGCUGGUGCUGAUGGGAGUUGUAACCCUAAACACGGCAGCACUGUCUGGGGCUGAUGGGAUUUGUAGUCCGAAACAUCUGGAGGGAUGCUAGGCUGGGCAAGGCUGCUGUUAGGCAUUCAGUACCUAUUUAGAUGGGCUGCUCUCUGAAACACAAAUCUCUGAGGAACUGAUCUUCACAAGGUUUUCUUGGGCUGACUAAAAUUGGGUGUGUAGGUUGCAUUUUGCCCACAAAACAAAGGUGAAUGGUGUGGAAGGGGUGUGCUUUCAAGGCCCCCCUCCGUUCUGAGCUUUGCGGUGUUUGAUUCUGCAGAUUAAAUCGAGAUCACAAGGAGAUCUGUGAAAUGGACUGGUCUGACAAAGUUGAAACUUACAACAUUGACGAGAAAUGUGGGAGGUACAAUAACCAGAGCACGAACAUCCAGUUCCAUCCCAGCACAUCAAGGUUUGAGGACAGGUGAGAACCUCUGGAUCCCCUACACCUGGGAAGGAAGGCGGCACAGAGUAAGGAAUCCAUUGUAUCCACCCUUAGGUGUCACCAUUUGUAUAGUUGAGAGAUACUUGCAGUGGCCGCUGGAGCCCACUGGUAGGAGGGAAUGCCAGGAGACCAACAGCAGGUGGCGCCAAAGCUGAUGACAGGCAGAGCCAACUAAUUCUUGUUUUGUAACUAUCCCCUCUGCUGAGUUGUACAAAGGCAGAAUUGAAGCUAUAGAGGGCUGAUAGGGAGGGCUGCCCCACUGAACUGGUUGCAAGUAAGAAAGGUGGGGGCGGGGCAGGCUGAGGUUGCUGGGCCCACUCAUCCCAAUGGACUAACCUCUACAGGAUGAAGGCUGCUCAGUGACCUUCACAGCUUGAGUAGAGAUUCGAACCUGGGUCUCCCCAAAGUCCAACAAUUUACCAAACACAUCGUCCCCAUCCCUGGUGAGGUGAGCAGAACCAUACACAGUCUCUUAAAUGUGAAUGCCCCAUAGAUGCAGUCCAGAUAGAUGCAGUCCCAAAGAUGGGACGCAGGUGGCGCUGUGGUCUAAACCACUGAGCCUCUUGGGCUUGCCGAUUGGAAGGUUGGCGGUUCAAAUCCCUGUGAUGGGGUGAGCUCCCAUUGCUCCGUCCCAGCUCCUGCCAACCUAGCAGUUCGAAAGCAUGUCAGGGCAAGUAGAUAAAUAGGUACCGCUGUGGCGGGAAGGUAAAUGGCAUUUCCGUGUGCUCUGGCUUCCAUCACGGUGUUCCGUUGCUCCAGAAGCGAUUUAGUCCUGCUGGCCACAUGACCCAGAAAGCUGUCUGUGGACAAACGCCAGCUCCCUUGGCCUGAAAGUGAGAUGAGGCCACAACCCCAUAGUCACCUUUGACUGGACUUAACUGUCCAGGGCUCCUUUACCUUUUUUAUCUUUUACUUGCAGUCCAGGAGUGGAGCCCAAAUGCCACCCUCUGAACAUCUCUGUCUGGCCCUCGGAAAUCUCCUCAGGCCUCCUUGAUUUUUGCCAGGCUGGAAUGUGUCCUUGAAUCUUGAGGAUACCUGAGGAGAGACAGCAGUGUGUACAUCUGUGUAGAAGCUAGCCUACUAUACAUAAGCAAUGUUUGCAUCAUUUCCUUUGCCCACGUUUGCUUUGGGCCCUGCCCGCCACUGCCAUGUGGCAUUCCCGCUCCCCACAAGAAGGGAACAUGGCCCUCAGUCUGACAAAACAUCCCCUAGCCCCGUUUGGAGAUGGCGGACGUUGUGACGCUCACCGUUUUGUUUCCCAUCUCCUCCUGCCCUCGCCGCUCCUCCCCGGGCCCAUGCCACAGCGCUUCCACGCCCGAGACGUGGGCCAAGCACAGCCACGACAACAUCUAUCGGGCCGAGCGAGAGAAGCUGGCGUCCAUCAAUCUCCGUGCCCUGAUCGACAACAUCCUCCGCGACACGGCUGAGGACCUCCGCAUGCAGUGCAACCGGGUGAACGACGCCUUUGCCCAGCAGUUGGAGGUGUUGGAGGACGCCAAGCACAAACUGGAGCACCACCUGAAGAAAGUACGCGGCCCCUUUGCUAUGGCCCAGAGCGGGAGAAGCUUGCUGGACUGGUCCACUCCAAAUAUCAGCACUGGGUUUGGGGGCGUUGCUUGAGCAAGGCGGCUUCCCUCAGUGAAUCUACUUCUUCAGGGGGAGACAUGCCCUACAAGUGUCCUGGGGAAAAACGAGGACAUCCUGUUUCCCCCUGUGAGAGCACAGCCAUUUUGGGUGCCAUGAUCUCGCACGAUUUAGCGCCCCCCGAUCUCGUCUCAAGAACACGAGUUUUUGAGUCCUAGAAAAAGCGUGUCCUUUUGGGCUCUGUGAUCUCACACGGGAGCACAGACAGGAAGACGCGUGUUCCGGUUUGGGGACUCAACAUGUUGGAGGGUAUGACAUUGACAGUGGCAGCUUGACAGAUACCUGACUAGGCUGGCCCUUGGCACUAGCCCAGGCAUGCCGUAAAGCAGGGCUAGGAAACCUAAGGCCUCAAUGUGGCCCGUAGAACUGUCCCUAGGCCACAGGCCCUCACUGGGCCUGCUUCACAUCCUCCUUGAGUGCUUUUGCUUGGCUGGAAUGUGCGUCGUCGAACUCUGAUAAUGCCCCUUGCUUGCUUUGAUGGAGGAUGGAGUGUGUGUGUGUGGAAACAAGCCUACUGUACAAAGGUAAAAUUGAUAUUUAUUGCUCCACGCCCCCUCCUUUGUCUUGCUCUCCGGCCAGGAGCAUAUUGUUCUCUGGUAGAGCUGACGUUCCCCCUGCUCUCCAUCCAGCAUUCACCUCAAGGGAGAUUCAAAUGAGGAGAAACACAGGGAGAUUGGAGGGAAGAAAAUAAGUGUUUGGGCAAGUUGAGCAAAAUUUCUCCUGGGAGGUGGGGGUCCCCAGUGGGCACCAUAGGAGGCGGUAGUGGGCAUGUUGGCAACCUGUGGUUUAGUGUUAGGUGAGAACCAGGCCGCUGACAAAGCUACAGCCAGUGCACUUUACACCUGCAAAUUAGUUUCCAUUUGAAGGGUUGCGGUAUCCUCCUUCUUUUCAGAACAGCUUCUCUAAUUGAAGCGUUGACUCUGUCUCCAGCAUUGACUUAUCACCAACACCAAGCAGAUUUACCGUACUUUCCGUGUUUAAGACGAGGGGGUCGUCUUAUACACGGAUAGUGCAGAGGGGGGAAUGGGUGAUUGGUGUCCGCCACGAGCAGGAGAUUGUCAGCGGUGCUUGGGCGGGUGAUUGGUGGCCUGCUGGUGGUUGGCUGCUGUGGUGGCAAUUUUUUGGGCGAUUUGUGGCUGCUGGCGACGAGCGGGCAUGCCAAAUAGUGGCUUCGGCCAGGCGUGCGAUUGGCAGCGGCAGUCAGACGGGUGAGCGAUUGUCUGUAAUACCCCCCGAAAGCUCAGCAAUUCUUGACAAUUUCCCCCCAUUUCCUUAAUUUGGAGUCCCAAAAAAAUAGGGGUCAUCUUAUACACGGGGGCGUGUUAUACACGGGAAAAUACGGUACUUUGUGUAUAAAAGACUUGGAAUCUAAACACGCCCCAAAGUAUUUCUAAAGUGUCCCCCUCCCCUUUUUGCAUAUCUGCUGGAAGCCACCAGGGGUGGCUGGGGAAACUCAGCCAGAUGGGUGGUGUAUAAAUAAUAAAAUUAUUAUUAUUUAUUUUAAUUAUUUUAAAACAGACUCUUAAGGAAAUUGGCGAUCAAGAGCACAACAUUGAAGCUCUCAAGCAAGCUAUUAAAGACAAGGAAACUCCACUCAAGGUAGCUCAGACGAGGCUCUAUGACCGUUCAUUCAGGCCCAAUGUGGAUCUCUGCAGAGACACCGCCCAGUUUAGGUAAGUGUUGUUCCAGCCGGGGGGGGGGGGCGGGCUUGAGGGAUUUUUUUUAUUUUAAAAAAUCUGUGCUAGUUUUUCUGUGAAAUAACCUAAUUUUCACUAACCUAAUGUGCACGUUGGAAUAGAAUUACCCAGCAGAUCUUGCACUUCUCUGAACGUGGUAACAUGACUCUCAGCAACUUAAAUAUUCCUUUUUGCAAGAAAAAUGUGUAUAUGGGAGAGAUAAGAAUUUUAAGUCCCAUUUUCAGAGAAAAUAUGCAUUUAAACAUGAAUUCUGGAAAAAUGCCUUUAAAUAUACAUCAAAGUGGGGGGGAGAAGCCCAUUUAAAACACUUCUUUUAGAGAGAGAAUAGUAAAAGCUCAUUUGGAGAGAAAAUACACUAACACAUAUUUUGACUAUUUUUCAAAAAAUAUGCUGAUAGUUUUAAAAUAAUUCAUAGGUUAUUGUGGAUAUAGGGCAGAAUGGAAUUAUGGGUAAAAAUAUGAAAGAGGCCAGAAACAGAUUCAUUUGAUUUCAUUUCAAGCGCUUUUGCUUUGCUGGCCCAGCCAUGACGAAUAGCAGCUCCGAAGGGGAGGACUGGGCUGGAGUUGCGGAGUGGGGUGACCCCAUUUUUUUGAGUUUUUAAAAUUUAUUACAAAAACACCAAAAGCACCACCUUUCAGAAAUCCUCCCCAGAUGUCAAUUCCGCCUUUGAAAUCCCUGUAAUGUAUGGCAGCUCUACCUUAAAUCAAACCAUGGCCUACUUUGGGUGUCGUUUGAUGGAACAAAAUGCACCAGCAGAUCUGAUCGGGGAACUCUAAAGUGAUGCGCAGUUCGGCUCUCAAACUGCCCAAGAAGAUCAGGUCCAAGGAUGGGCCACUCACUAUCCAGCUUGAUUCAGAUGUUACAUGGAAUGGUGUAGCAGCAAAUUAAGAAUAUGGGAUCCCUUCGUGAUCAUCGCAGCCACUCAUCCUCACAGCCCCUUCUCAGAAUUCAUAUUAAUAUUAAAAAUAUACAAUGGUAAGAACUUGGAAGGCAUUGCAAUGUUCUAUUCAGAUCUCCAUGUGUUGCCCUUCAGCUAGAUCUACUAGUUUCUGUGCCUAUAUGUGGGCAAAUGAUUCGGAGUGCUCCAAUACAUCCUUUUGGAAUGACUUAAUUUUCCUUGAAGUUCCAUUGUACAUAACAGAACCUGCACACCAGUCCCUUAAAACUGGAGCCCCUUUUGUUGCCAGUGUUCCUAAACACUUAGCUUUGGAGCCUACAGUAUAACAACUCUUUGGUGUUCUUCCUGUGCAUCUUCUCCAGAGGGACCCUAGGAGCCAAUCCUCAGAGGCUGACUCACCUCCUUUACUCUGAUUGGCUCUUGUCAGAACAAAGGGCGGAAAGUUAUCUUCUUGGGGAUGAAAAAGCUCCCCUUUCAUGCUGGUUGAGUGGUUCUAGGAUACUGGAGACGGGGACCUUGUUGGGAUCCUGCUGAAGAAAUAGUAACAGGUCAUUGAUACAAACACACUACACCUGGUUAUAUAAGCAGCAUAGCUGCUACCAGGAAACUGAUCUGCAUGGGCCUAUCUCUGUGUUUAGACAAGUGCUUUGUGGUAGUUUUGUAUGAGUAGGACAGAAUUCUAACAGUUCCUCUUAAGUUCUGUUUAGCAGACUCACUUGCAAAAAGGUACUUGAGGGACGAGGGGACAGACUGUACACUGUACUUAGGGUACAGGAUUGUACAGAACAGAUUGAUUCCAAGUUGCAACAUAUUACUAAUACAUCCCUUAAAAACCUACACACAUACACGAUCUUUUCACCGCAGUGCUUCUAAUUGCGGCCUGUCAUUACAGCAGAAAGGUUAUCUACAACUCUUGAGUGCAGAAGUAACAAAGUGGGCAUUUAUCACCUUGCAAACAUGUUUGACGGUGGGGAAGGGGGACUGUCAACACUGUACGUCUCUCACCACCAACAUGUUUGUACAAAACAAACACGCGAGAGGGGAAAAAAGGGAGAAGAAAACGCUGAAAUUACUUGAUGCCUUUUCACCUGCCGGUCUUCUAAAUUAGAAACAGGCAUGGAACGGCUCUAAGGAGGCCUUAGAAGAUGUUCGCUAGACAUGCAAAAAUGGCUCGCAAUUCUCAUUCCCCGUAUUACAAAAUUGAUUUUGUAUGAGCCAUAAACGAUAUAGGCUGGUUUUAGUCCAGAGGCAAAUGCAAACAAAGGCAAGGAGAACUGCUGACCAGUCUAGAUCUGAAGCUCCUGCUCUGGAUGAAGAGGAUUCCUCUUUCAUGUGAGACUGGAUUACUCCAAUGCACUUUUAUGUGGGGUGUCCCUUGCGCUUGAUCCAGAAACUAUCGCUAGCCUAGAAUGCUGCGGCACAAUUGCUGACAGGAGUGGGACGCUGUUAACAUAGAGACAGACAUUUACUAUCUGUCCAAGUUGUUGUUAUUGCUAUAUAAAGCCCUUAACAACUUGGGGCCACUUUACCUGUGAGAUUGCGACAAAUUGGAAGAGUGACAAAAUUCCGUCGAGAUCAGAAUGGAUUCAAAAAUUGGCCGAAUAUGCGGAACUAGAUAGCUUGUCAGAGAAAAUAAAAAUCAUACCAAAACAGGUAUUUACUUCAAGAUGGGAAGUCUUUAAAACGUAUUUGAAAAAUAACAAUUGUAGUUUAAGGUCAGUUGCAGUGUUUGAAUAAUUUCAGCAGUAGUCUUAAGUAUGAUGUAAAAGAUAAGACAGAUCAAAGAUGAUCAAACUUUAAUAGAACUUGUGGCAGUGUAUAAACAAUGAGAAUUUGAGGUGGGGAGUAGUCAGGAAGUCUGGUCGACAGAAAAAGACGAUUAUUAUUUCAAUAUUAGGAUAAUAUUAGUUGAUGUAUCAAAUUUUAUUUCCUUUCCCCCCCUCUUCUUUCUCUUUGUGGUGAUGGAUAGUUGUUUUGUUUUUUUGUUUGAUGUGCAAAAGUGAAUAUUUUUUAUUUUAUUUUUAAUGAAGUAUUAUUAACAGAUCUGGGAAAAAGAAAAGAAAAAGAGAUUGCCUUAUCCACAUAUAUGCCCACUUAGCUGCUUCAGUCUGUGAAACUGACACUGUUAAAACACCACAUAAUACUCAUUCUGCACUUGUAGGAAAUAGAUUUUUUUAUUUUUUUAGUGUGGCAGCGUCUUCACUUUGGAACUCCCUGCCUAUGGACAUCAGGCAGAUGCCUUCACUGUAAUUUUUUUGUUUUACUCUUUCUGAAAACUGCAUCAUGGUUUUAUUGCAGUCAAGCAGCAUAUAAAUUUUGUGAAAUAAAUGUUGGAUGGUGUGGUUUCUAGGCAGGCUGGACCACCCGCUCCUCCAGCCCAAACUGGAAAAGUAAUCCCUGCACCCCUGACAUCCGUUGCUCUGUUUCACACUAUCCAGGCUGGUCAGUGAAAUCGAAGAACUGACAGCAUCCAUUGAGGCUCUCAAGAAGAAGCUUCUGGAGUCAGAGCAGGCUCUGCGCAACCUCGAAGACUCUCGGAUGAAUCUGGAGAAGGAGAUUGCCGUGAAGGCCAACAGCAUCUUUAUUGACAGGCAGAAAUGCAUGGCCCAUCGUUCGCGAUACCCUACCAUCCUUAGACUAGCAGGCUAUCAGUAGCCAUUGCUGCCUCCGGUAGAGGAGAGUGACCCACUUGCCUCGACUGACGAGAAAUUCAGUUGCAUAGCAAUUUGAACUUCUCUUCCCUCCCCCAGUUUUUGGUUUGUGUUGAAAUAAAAUGAAGACAUUUUUGCCAGGAG